AUAAGGUGUGACUAAUGCAUGCAUGUACCUAUCUCUGAUUGUAGAGAGGUAUAGAUUGCUCGUGACUAGUACAUGUAUUUAUCAAUCACUGAUUCUAUAAAGAUAGAGAGUGCUCGGGCUACACACAUCAUCAGAAAUUGAAAAAGGAAAAACCAUCACAGUGUCUGAAAAUAAAAACAAGGGACAACAUUGAAGUAGUUUGACAGCAGGCAAUGAAUCAAGCUCAAGCCUUGUCAUCGGUGGAUUAUAGGAUUCUGAGAACAAUUUCCUUGAAUCAGCACUUCUACAUAAUUGAUAUUGCGUACAGCGAUAGAGACACAGUCUGCUUGUCUGUAUGUGCUGAGAUAUACGGAUCUACUGAAAUUACAAAAAAACACCCUGUUAGAUUUGUCCUACCGACUGGAUCUUAUAUAAACUAUGGGCAUUCGACAUUUUAUUAUAUAAAUGAUAAUAUUGUAAAUGCCUGUUCCUGUACUGACAGUUAUCUAAGUAUAAAUCGUCCAAACCUACUUCAAAAUAAAGCAGAUGUAAACUUCUUUCAAACCCAUGGCAUUGCGGUUUGCGAAUCAGGCUACAUCCUCGUCUGUCAGUGGAACCGAAAGUUCAAAGAAAAGAGCGCUGGGAAAAUUGUUAAAAUACAGUACAUUAAUGCUGGCAACAGGAAUGAUAUAGUUAUGGAAAUUGAGUCAGACAAGAACCAACCCCUGUAUAUUUGUCCCACCUACAUUGUAGAGAACGCCGAUGGAGACAUAUGUGUCUCUGACGUCAGAACCGUGGUUGUCACGGACGCCGGCGGUAUGCUGAGAUUCCGUUACCACGGAAAUUCCCGUGACUUUGAUCCAUACGGUAUAUGUUGCAAUUCAUCGUGCAACAUUAUCGUUGCUGAUAUGAAAAACGACAAAAUUCACGUGAUUGAUAAAGAUGGCGCAUUUCUCCAUCACGUGACUUAUGAUGGAAUUAAAAUGCCCCGUGCUAUAUGUAUUGACGAAAACGACAAUCUCUACGUGGGGGAAUGGCAUACAGAUACCAUCAAAGUCAUUGCAGGGUAAAUAUGUCAGACACAGCCACUUAUUUGAUCAAGAACUUUUAAAGUUAUUGCUUCCAUCAAUUUUUGAUGAUUUUUAAUAAAAAUACACAUUCCUGUGAAAGAAAUACAAUUGAAAUCGAUGAAAGGGAAUAUAUCCAAGAUAUCUUCAUUGAACAAUUAUCCCUUUUCACUCAUAAUUUCACAGGAACGAAAACAAAUUUCUUUCGGAAAUUUAUAAUGGGAAAUGUUUACACCUUUUCUCCAUUCGGAAGUACUCGGGAUACAUCGUGCAAUUUUUUAACGUUAUCAUCCGGGCUCAUGUAUGGCUGAUACAAUGCAAAAUCUCCGUAGACUUUCAAUUUUUGGAUGUGUAUUGAAACCCGAAGCGGUAAAGGGGGGCGUUUCAACACAUAUAAUCUGGACAUUUUUCAUAUUAGUGAAUGAACGUAGUUUGAGAUCAAAUGUAUUUACUAUUAUUGAAAUAUCAAGCAAAAAGUGGUGGAAGCAAAAACUUGGGACAGAGUAGUAUAGUCAAUAUUCUUUAAAAGCUGAAGUGUACAACUAAGUGUGUAAAUCUGAUGAGAACCGCAUCAAAUGUACAAUAUAAAUGUAUUAACAUAAAAUAAAGCAGACUUAUAUUAAUCAAA